GUGGUUUUUGUGGUUAUGUUAACUAUUUUGGUGGCUUGAUUUUCAUAAUUUUUAAUGCGAAGUGUUUCUGAAUUUCGUUCAACGUUUAGUUGUCGUCCACUGAUAAGGUUUUGCAUCCAUUCAGAAUUAUAAAGAUGGAAAAAGAUGAAAAACCUACCAAUUCUAAUGGAGCUGACGUUAAAGAGAUCUCUGAAGGCUUAGCUACAAUAUGGACAAAAGGAGCAGUAUUCUAUAAUCCUGUCCAAGAGUUCAAUAGAGAUCUCAGUAUCGCUGUGAUAUCAAGUUUCAUACACGACUACAAGCAAGAGAUCAAAAUUACGAAAAAGGGUGAAGCCGGAACUGAAGACUAUAAAGUUACUAUUUUAGAAGCACUAUCAGCAACAGGUCUGAGGAGUAUAAGGUAUGCUAAAGAAAUCCCUGGUGUUGCAAAAGUGAUUGCAAAUGACAUUUCACUGACAGCUGUUGAAGAUAUAAAACAAAAUGUUAUCAAGAACAAUGUAGAGCAGAUUGUGUCCGCACGCCACUGUGAUGCAUCAAUGUUAAUGUAUCAACAUCGUCAUAAAAAUGAACAGUUUGACAUCAUUGACUUGGAUCCUUAUGGCUGUCCAUCACAGUUCUUAGAUUCGACAGUGCAGGCAGUAAAAGAAGGUGGUUUAUUACUGAUUACAGCUACCGAUAUGGCUAUUCUAUGUGGAAACUCACCUGAGACAUGUUACAGCAAAUACGGAGCAAUCCCCAUCAAAAUAAAGUCAUGCCAUGAGAUGGCUGUCAGGAUAUUACUACAGUGUAUCGAAUUGCAUGCAAAUAGGUACAGCCGAUACAUCGUCCCUUUGCUGUCACUCUCAGCAGACUUUUAUAUAAGAGUGUUUGUGAGGGUGUUUUCUGGUGCUCAGAAGUGUAAAUUCAGUGCAACGAAACUGUCUCAUAUCUACCACUGUACAGGCUGUGAUAGUUUUACUUUGCAACUGCUUGUGACAGUGAAAAGUGAUAAAAGCAAUCACAAAUUCAGUAUCCCCACUGGACCUCUUGUAUCAAAACACUGCGAACAAUGCAAACAUCCUCAUCAUAUUGGUGGACCAAUAUGGUCAGCACCUAUACAUUCACCUGAAUUUGUGAAGAAAGUAUUAGAUAAUGUACCCAGUUCAUUAAAAACUUAUAAACGAAUAGAAGGGAUUUUGAAUGUAGUAUUGGAAGAACUGGUAGACGUACCACUUUACUAUACAUUAGACAAGCUGAGUGGAACCUUACAUGUUGAGAUGCCUUCCAUGAUGGCAUUACGAUCUGCCUUGUUAAAUGCAGGUUAUCAUGUAUCAUUCACUCAUAUGAACAAAACAUCUAUAAAAACUGAUGCACCCAAGAAAGUUGUGUGGGAUAUAAUGAGAUGUUGGGCCAGGACACACCCUGUGGCACAGAAGAGACUUAUACAAGGAACUCCAGCAUUCAAUAUCCUUAGCAUAGAACCUGAGAAGGAUUACUCGUUCAAAAUACAUCCGCAUGCUAAUCCCGAAUCAAGAAAAAAGGGCUUUUUGCGGUUCCAAGAAAAUCCUACUCCACACUGGGGACCUGGCUGUCGAGCUACUAUAAUGGUUGGUGAACAGAAAAUACAAAAGAGUGUCAGAAAUCAAGGCAAGAGGAAAAGAGAAACUUCUGAAGAAGGUGUAGAUAAAUAAUUUACCAUAAAAUAUAUGUUGUAUAAAAUUUUGUGUUUUUGAUUUCCCUAUUCACUUGAAGAACACGCAGUAUACAAAGUUUUUUUACUCAGGUUCAUUCACUUUUUGCAUUGUUUGUAAACAAUUUUUUGCAUUUCUUAUAUAUGUAUAACAAAUGAGAAAUUCGGAAAUACGAAAAGAGUGAUUAAAACAGGGCACUAAUUUUCAAUUUUUUUUUUUAUUUUUUUACAAAAUCUUUGUUUACAUUUAAAUUUCUUAUAUAUAGAAUGCUCAAUUGUUUCCAGGAAACGCGUUACACUUUCUACAAAAACGCAGGUUGUAUAUACAACCUUAUAAAGGAGUUUGUCAAAUUUAUCUAUAUCUCCAUCAUGAAAAUAAGAUUCUCGGAAUCUUUUAAAACCUUGUCUUUUCCAAAAUAUAUGUUCUAAUGAUCAGGAAGUUGAAAAACGCACAAAAAUAAAAUUUAAUGAUCUGGAACUUUCCCGUUUUUCUUUUGUCUAAACUCCUCCGCCAAUCAAACCGCUAUACAGGGUGUUUCAAAUUUGACACUCACCACUGAUACAGUAUACAAAGUUUUUUUUUGUACUCAACUUUAUUCACUUUUUGCAGUGUUUUACAAGUUUGAACUCCUGUAUCUCCGUCUAUUACUAUUUAAAUCAUAUGUAUCAGUGAUUUUUUAAAAAAUAUGUAAUGUUUUGUAAACAAUUUUUUGCAUUU